CGCUGUCAACUUAUAAUUUCCUAAAAACGGCCGCCAGAAAAAAGAGAACAACUUUCGCGGGCAGAUCCUCGCUAUGAAUGUAAUCCUUGUCUUCGUUCUCCUUAGUCCACACGCAACUUAAAAAGUUUCUCCAUUUCACAGUGAACGCUGAAAUGGAGUCUCCGUUGGUUGCUGCUGAUAACAAUGGUGGUACUAGAUCCGCUCUGAUCUUUCUCGGCACCGGCUGUUCCAACUCCAUCCCAUUCGCAUCAUGCCUGAUUCAGCCGUCUGAUCCUCCUUGCCAUGUUUGCUCCAUGGCCCUCUCUGUCCCACCCGAGCAAAACCCUAACUAUAGGUGCAAUACAUCUCUUCUUAUAGAUUAUUGUGAGAAAGAUGAGAAACACAGUUACAUAUUGAUUGAUGCUGGGAAGACAUUCAGGGAGCAAGUGCUUAGAUGGUUUACUCACUACAAGAUUCCUCGAGUAGAUUCUAUCAUUUUGACUCAUGAACAUGCUGAUGCAGUUCUGGGACUUGAUGACAUACGUGCUGUGCAACCAUUUACUGCAAACAAUGAUAUUGAUCCUACCCCUGUUUUCUUAAGCCAGUCUGCUAUGGAUAGCAUCACUUUGAAAUUUCCAUACUUGGUAAGGAAAAAAUUGAGGGAGCACCAGGAAAGAAGGCGGGUAGCACAGCUGGAUUGGAAGAUAAUUGAAGAAGAUUUUCAGAGGCCAUUUGUUGCAUCAGGGAUACAAUUUGUCCCUUUACCAGUAAUGCAUGGAGAAGACUAUGUUUGCUUGGGAUUUCUCUUUGGCAAAAGAUGUCGAGUAGCUUAUAUAUCUGAUGUUUCACGUUUACCUGCAAGCACAGAAUUUGUAAUUUCAAAAUCAGGGGCUGGGCAGUUGGAUCUUCUUAUCUUAGACUCCUUGCUCAGGAAUGGAUCCCAUAAUGUUCACUUCUGCUUACCUCAGUCCCUUGAAGCUGUGAAGAGGUUGUGCCCAAAGCAAGCACUUUUAAUCGGAAUGAAUCAUGAGUUUGAUCAUUACAGGGACAAUGACUUCUUAGCAGAAUGGUCUGGAAGGGAGGGAAUUCCGGUGCAGCUUGCCCGUGAUGGUUUAAGAGUUCCUAUAGACUUGUGAUAAGGUUGAGAUAUAAACUAUCAGUUACAUGGCAUCACUGGAUAUGUGAUUUAUAGUUUCCAUCCCCUUCUGACGGGAGGAUUAAAGAUGUAAACUAAUCAAUUAUCACUAGAAUAAGUAAUUAAUAGUUUCCAUCCCAUUAUGCAGGCAGGAAUAAAGAUGUAAACUUAUCAGUUGUCAUCAGAUAAGUAAUUUAUAGUUUCCGUCCCAUUCUGAGGGGAGGAAAAAACGGAGUGAAAGCUUAAUAGUAUUAUAUGAGUGGUAUUGAUAUAAAAGUUCAGGAAGUAUGUGAGAAUACGAGUGGUAUUGAUAUAAAAGUUCUCCGGCAUCUUCUUGUGAUAAUAAUAUACUUUGGUUAAUAAGACAGCAAAAUUUGGGAAUGAAAGCCCUGUGAUAUAA